AUGUAUGCUUCAACUUCCUUUACUUCACAAUUGGUCCAUGACCUUCUCAUGGGCUCAAGCUCAAGAAAGCUACUACUUCAAGACCCACUUCACCAAUCAAUCAACUCAGCUGACCGAGCCAACUCCCCAGAUUCCAUGGCUUACAACUCAACAGAUUCGUAUUUCAAAGGUCGUGACUUCGAUGCAAAUGUUGUCAUGAUACUCUCAGUCCUAUUGUGUGCUGUUAUUUGCUCACUCGGCUUGAACUCCAUCAUAAAGUGUGUCUUAAGGUGCUCAAACAUAGUCAUCACCGACUCUUCAAGUGGGAGCUACAACCCUUCACCAAGAUUGGCCAACACAGGAAUCAAGAAGAAAGCCCUCAAGACUUUUCCUACUGUGAGCUACUCAACAGAGUUGAAAUACCCAGGUUUGGACACAGAGUGUGUGAUAUGCCUCCUUGACUUUGACAAUGGUGAUAAGGUUCGCAUUUUGCCAAAAUGCAACCACGGUUUCCACGUUCGUUGCAUUGACAAAUGGUUAAGUUCACACUCAUCAUGCCCCAAGUGCAGACAGUGCCUCAUUGAGACUUGUAAGAAAAUUGUUGGAUCCCAACCACCAGUGCCAGAAACCAUUAUAAGGAUCCAACCACUUGAACCUGAAGGUUUGGAGCGUAACUAUAGGGAAGUAUGCUAG